CUAAUGAAGUGCGGCAUCGUGAUAUACGAUAUCACGCAAGAUCAAAGCCAGAUAAAGGAGGCCCAAUGGGCGUUGAAAUCCAUCGUUCAGAGACUCGAAAAUGUGCAGCAAGUAUCGCCCAAGGCGUUCAAACGUAGCGACGAGGUGCGAUACUUCAUCCUGAUAUCAACUAUAAUGACCUGGGCAAACACGAAACCGUUGAAUCCGGACGAGCCGGAUUUGCCAUUCACCGAGGAGGACUAUAGAAAACGAAAACCUCAUCCGAACUUCAAGAACCACAUCCAAUGCGAGAAGGACGUGGUGAUAACGAAGAAGAAGAUCAAACUGAAGGACAAACUGAAAACGUUGGUGAUCUGUUGCGGGGUGACUUACGGUGACGAGGAGGGUCCCCUGCAUCAUUUGUUCAAGAUGGCGUGGUUGAACGCCCCCUUCCUCCCGAUUUUCGGCAAGGGGAACAAUAGGAUCCCGUUGCUACACGUCCGUGACAUGACCAAUGUAAUACUGGACGUGUUGCAAAAUUGGCCUCAACUGCAAUAUAUCGUGGCUAUGGAACAGGAACCUACCUCACAAGCUGCUAUUGUCAAAACGAAGGAGAUCGACGAAGAGACGACUUUGAAAGAAAAAGGCGAGGUUGAGCAGGCAAUGGAAGAUAUGGACGAAGAAGAAGAGGAUUUAUUGGAGGACAGAACGGCGAAACUCGAGGAGCAGCAGGAAUUGUUGGAUGAAAUACAACGAAAUAGACAGAGGGCCAAUGGUUAUCUGGACGAUGAUCUUGUAAACAGAUUGUUCCAGAGGAAGUUGCGCUCGAAAGAAUGUCAGAAUCAAGGCUACGUCAUAGACGGUUACCCAAAGACGUUGGAACAAGCGCAAAUGUUGUUCACCGGUGAACGCGCGGACGAACUCGAGGAGGAGAUGGAGGAGGAGGCCGAAAUGGAACCGGUUACUACGAUUCUACCCGAAUUGGUGGUGUCGUUGGAGGCGAGCGACGAUUUCCUGAAGGAGAGGAUCAUUCAACAACCCGAGAAGAACAUACAGGACACCCAUUACACCGAGGAGCACAUGAUACGACGUUUGAAGGAGUACAGGAAGAGAAACACCGACGAAAACACACCCUUGCAAUUUUUCGACGAGAUUGAAAUUCAUCCGCUCAUCAUCGACAUCGAGGAGGACGACUGCCCAGACAUGUUUCCCACGGUUUAUCAGUGUUUGGAGAGAAUCGGCCCACCGAGAAAUUACGGAUUAAGCGCAGAGGAAGCGAGAAACGCGCGGAAACGCGCCGAGGUGGAAGCGCUUGAAGCGGAAACAGCCGCAAAAUUGCAAGAAAAGAAAGAAUACUUGGAACUCAAGCGACUACGUGAGCAGAAAAUGGAAGAAUGGACGAAUCUGAUGGAAAAACUGACGGAGGAACAGGAAGAGAAACUCUGCCUGGCUAGCCUCCCUUUGCGCAACUAUUUGAUGAAAUACGUGUUGCCAACCUUGACGCAAGGACUCAUCGAAGUUGCAAAUUUGCGUCCAGACGACCCGGUUGAUUUUCUCGCUGAAUAUCUGUUCAGGGAAAAUCCAGAGGGCAAGAUGUUCGAGCCGGAGCACACGAACGCUAUGGCCUCGAUUCUGAACAUGAUCGACAAAUUCAAUACCUUCUUGCUUCCCGAGGAAGAGGUGAGCAGCCAAGUAUUACAACUGUUGAAACGGAAAUCGCCAACGGAAGAAAUAGAAUCCACCGAUUCGGACGUGUGCACGGCUCAAAAGACUUAUGUCACACCGUGUUACACUUGUGACGACGACACGUGCGUUGAUGAAGAGACCUCCGAGCUGACCGAACCCGACGAAGAGGAUUGA